GGGUGAUUCUGUCAGUGAUCAUGGCCCUUCGUAUCUACUUUACCUCUGUCAUUUCUGAACACAACGCCAAGCUGACUGCAGAGAACCAGAACCUGACAUUACAAAACAAUCAGCUGGAGAACAACAUAACGGAACUAAUACAAAUCAUGGAGACAAAGUGGAAUGAGUUCAACGUCAGUCGAGCUCAGUGGAGCAUUGAUGCCUACUGCCCAAAACUACAAAACCAAAACAGACAGUGUAAAGCUUGUCAGGAUGGCUGGUUACCCUCCCAGUCCAGCUGCUAUGAGAAUAAUAACCCUGAUGAUUCUGGUCAGAAAACCUGGGAAGAAGCUCGAGAAAAAUGCAGAGGAAAGAUUUCAGAUUUGGUUGUUAUAGCUGAUCAAACGGAGAAGACAUUCAUCAAUGAUAACAGUUGGGGCAGUUCAGGAACCAAGGGAUACUGGAUUGGUCUGAGAGCUGAAGAUGGGAAAUGGAAGUGGGUCGAUGGAAGUGAUCUGACUGAAAACUCCUGGAUACAACAACCUGCUACCAACGGUCAGUGUGUAAUUUCUGUAGAGACAGAAGGAUGGAAAUCAGUGAGCUGUGGUGACAGAAACAGAUGGAUCUGCAAAAAGAAGGCUUUAUCUCUUUAAACACUGCAG